CUUGACGUAACUCACAAGAGUUGUGAACCAUAGAAUUCAAUCCACAAGAAACUAAGCCAACCAACUUCUUCAAUUCUUCUAUAUAAAGAUCUCUUUCUCUAUCUCUCUCUCUCAUACACACACCCUUUUUCACUUUUUUCUUUGUCUCUGCUCUGCAGUCUUGUUUUGGAGACAAAUGGGCUCUGGGGUUGAUGCCUAUUGGUGCUUUUUUGCACCACUAAUCAUUUCUUCCCUCCAGCAAGUGCGUGGGGAGCAUUUCAAUAAUGUAAGCUGGUGGGGACAGAGAAAGCAAUCACAGGGCUGUGAUCUUUUCCAAGGGAAAUGGGUUUAUGAUGAAGUCUAUCCUCUCUACGAUCCUUCAGUCUGCCCUUUCAUCGAACAGCUGUUCGACUGCCAAAGGAAUGGUAGGCCUGAUAAAUUAUACCUCAAAUAUAGAUGGAAGCCCAAUGGUUGUGACUUGCCAAGUUUCAAUGGUCAUGACUUCUUGUGGAGAUUAAGGGGUAAAAGCAUCAUGUUCGUUGGAGACUCACUAAGCCUCAACCAAUGGCAAUCACUGACAUGUAUGCUUCACACUGCACUGCCAAACUCUAAGUACAGCUUGGUGAGAAAUGGGGGGCUUUCAACCUUCAAAUUCCUGGAUUAUAGGGUUUCAAUUAUGUUCUCUCGUAAUGCAUUCUUGGUGGAUCUAGUAAGCGAAAGAAUUGGAAGAGUUGUUAAGCUCGAUUCCAUCAAUGGUGGGGAGGCAUGGAAAGGAGUUGAUGUGCUGAUCUUUAACACGUGGCAUUGGUGGACCCACAAGGGACCCACACGAGAAUGGGACUAUUUUCAAGUAGGGAACAGGUUGUUAAGAGAUAUGGAUCGUUUGGUUGCUUUCAAGCUAGCGUUGGCGACUUGGGCCAAAUGGGUGGAGGCCAAUGUCGACCCUUUGAAGACAAGAGUCUUCUAUCAAGGAGUCUCUCCAGCUCAUUACAAUGGGAGCGAAUGGAAUGCAGCAAGGACAAAUUGUUACAGGCAAAUUCAACCACUGGAAGGAUCAGAUCAGCUACAAGGUUCUUCUAAGGUAGAAUCUGUGGUGAAGAACAAGUUGGGUAGCAUGUCGAAGCCCGUCUCUUUGCUUGAUGUGACAAUGCUCUCAAGGUUGAGAAAAGAUGGCCACCCAUCGAUCUACACAAGCUAUAGCCACACUGGAAUGGACUGCAGCCAUUGGUGUCUUGCUGGUGUUCCUGAUACUUGGAACCAGCUCCUAUAUGCUCUUCUCAUUCAGAAAUAAAACAUAAAUUACUGGGUUUAAUUUAAUUAAUCAGUUAAUCUACCACAAGAUUGUCUUCAUAGUUGAUUAAUUAAUUUUGGGUAAGAAUUGAGAUGUAUUUACAGUGGAAUGGACUGCAGCCAUUAGUGAUCUCUUUCUGGUGUAACCAGCUCCUAUGUGUUCUUUUCAUUCAGAAAUAAAACUAUACAUUACAGAUGGGUUUAAUUAAUCUA